CCCAGGCACCCAAGUGCUGGCUUGCAACAGUGUUUCCAUCAGCCCUGCCUUCUUAAAACUGCUUUUCCCCAUCUGACACUGUCUAAUGUUUCCCCUCCUACUCAAGCCUCCUCCUCCCCUGGCCCAUUCUAUCCCAGUUAGUUGGCAGAGAGAAUUGCAAGACAUCAUCUGUAAGGCAAAGACACAGACUGUGAAAGUAGGAGAGAAGGACUGGAAUUUAAAAAAAAAAAAACCUGAGACGUCUAUGAAGCAAAGACCAAAAACUCAUCAUGUCGGUGAUAUACAGCGAAGUUGCGGUUGAAGAUGUAUCUGGUAACAGUUUCUGGAUGCCCAAUAAUUACAGCAGCACGGUGAAGAGAACAGAGGACGGUUAUCGACUCUGCGAUGAGAUUGUAGCUUGUUUCCAAGACAGAGCCAAAAUCGAGAGACAAUAUGCCCUACAGAUGGAAGAGUGGACCCGCAAGUGGAAGCCUCUGGUAGACAGCAGUCCCAUGUAUGGCUCUCUCCUACGUGCUUGGCAAUCAUUUAUGACUGCCACGGAGCGGCUCAGCGAACUUCACACACAGAUCCAAAAGACUUUGGUAACCGAUGAUGCUGAUAAAAUCCGCAAUUGGCAAAGGGAGACAUAUCAUCGCAAGAUAUUUGGAGGCUUCAAGGAGUCAUGUGAGAUUGACAAUGGGUUCUACAAGGCACAGAAGCCAUGGGCAAAAAAGUUAAAAAAGGUAGAGAAAUCCAAGGCAGCCUAUCACAAAGCGUGCAAGAAGGAGCACUUUGCCACAAUCCGAGAAAACAAUGGAAAGAUUAACCCGGAACUGUCUCCCGAGAAACUAAAGAAACUAACAGAAGACCAUGAGAAAUACACACAUGAUAAGGAAAAGGUGAAGCAGAGGUACGAGAAAUCUCUACAGGAGCUUAAUAAGUAUAAUGCCAAAUACAUGGAGGAAAUGGAAACCGUGUUCGACCAAAGCCAACAGAUGGAACAGAAAAAGAUUCUCUUCCUCAAACAGGCUCUUCAUUCUGUACACAAACAUCUCGACAUCACCAGCAAUGAGAGUGUGCAAGUAGUGUAUAAUGACCUGAAUCAGGCAAUAAUGACCGUUAACGAACAGGACGACUUGAAGUGGUGGAGAAACAAGCAUGGCCCGGGGAUGUUAAUGAAUUGGCCCCAGCUGGAGGAGUGGAGUCCAGAUGUAGAGCAGCAGAUUGUGAAGAAAAAGAAAGUGAAAGAGACGGACAAAGUGAAGUUAUACAGUGUCACACCCACGGAAAGCAGCAUGAACAAACCUCCUGUAAAUGUGACUGGUGUGCGUGUGCGAGCCGUGUACGAUUACUCAGGACAGGAAGCGGAUGAACUCAGUUUUAAAGCAGGUGAUGAAUUGACAAAGAUUGAAGACGAAGAUGAACAAGGCUGGUGUAAGGGCGUGACAAAUCGUGGACAUGUGGGACUCUAUCCUGCCAAUUACGUGGAAGUGAUUUCUGACUAAAUGACAGCAAACAGGAAAAAAUCUGAACCCAGUGUGUCCCAGUAUACACAGAUCUAGCCCCGCUGACAGAGACCACACCGGGUGGGCUUCAACAAACUUUCCACAUGGAUAUUGUGUUAACCACUUGCAGCCUUGGCAUAACAGGAAAUACCACUAUUAUCGAGUAGUGUAACUGUUUAGAGGGACACUCAAGGAGCCAUAUAACCACUUCAUCUCAUUGAAGUGAUUAUGGUGCCUGGAGUCAUCCAGUGCCAUCUCACUGUUGCAUAUUAAACUGUUCCAAAUGAGUGUCCCUAGUCGCUCACAUUAGCCCGAGCAGUGAUAGGAUGAGGGCCUUGUAGUGCUCUCAGCCUAUUUGCGCUGCCCAUCGCUAAUAUAACUUGGUAUGGCUGGUGUGUAAGAGCCUACUCAUUCGCCAUACCCUCAAGAUUUAGCUUUCACCCCAAACAAUGAGACCGCACCAAAGGACUCCAGGCACUAUAACUACUUUAAUAUGACGUGAUUAUGGUGACUUAAGUGUCGUUCAACAUUCUCCUUUUUAGCCCACUAAAAUCUAUUUAAAGGGGUAAGCUCAUUGAGCAGGGCCCUCCACCUCUCUGUUCCUGUAUGUCCAGUUGUCUGGUUACAUUUACGUGUCUGUUAGUCCACCCAUUGUACUGCGCUACGGAAUCUGACGGCGCUUUAUAAAUAAAAUAAUAUUUCACAGAGAUGCCAGACAAUGAUUGGACAAUGUACAUGAUGUGGGAUUUAGAGAACCCAUGGGCAUCACAGACUUCAUCCAUGCACUCUAUUCUUUAUGCUUGCUUGUAGAACAAAGAAUGUUGUGUCAGGACAACAAAGAACAUAGGAUUUUUUUUAUAGUACAUAAUGAUUGAAUAAUUAAGAUGUUUACUAUAAAACACAUUUUCCCCUGAUGUACACUUUGUCCUCUCU